AUAUGCUGCAUCUGUUUCUCAAGUUCCUCAGUACCAACCCCAUCAAGGCCAAGAGCAGGUUCAAGUAGGUAAUAGUUCUUCAUCGCCCAUCCAUCACAUUGGUUUCGAAUACAAGAAUGACUCUGUUCUUGUUGUAGACAAAUGGGGUUACUUCCACUGCAACAUGAGCAAUCCAAUCUCUACCUUCAACAAUGGCAACAACACUGUAGUUAGCCUUGACAAGCCUGGAUCUAUGUACUUCAUCAGCGGAGACCCUGAUCACUGCAAGAACGGUCAGCGAUUGGUUAUCCAAGUCAUGACUCUGCACUCAAUCUCCAAUUCUCCUCCUUCCAUUGCCACUUCACCAGAAUCAUAUUUGGCAGAGUCUCCAUCACCUCUUUCAAGCUCUGGCGCGUCAGUAUCAGUUUCAGUGACAUUUAUGAUUUCAGUUGUUGUAACUUGUUUGUGGUGUGCACCAUAGGCUUUUGUUUGUUUAUGUUAUGUUAUGUUAUUAUGUGAAUGACUGAUAUACUUUUCAUGUAGGUUAUGCUUUUUAUGUUAGAAUGUGGCUGACUCGGAAUCAUUUGGAUUUGAGUAGUUAUGAUUCCCUGUUAAACUUUGGUUGGAUUAUUGUGUUUGUCACUCCUUUUUCUUGA